AUGCAGGUUGAAGUCAACCCCAACGAGGAUACCGAGUGGAACGAUAUCCUCCGCCAACAUGGCAUUAUUCCCGAAAAGCCCAAAGACCCGGAACCUCUUAUUCAAGAGGCGUUGAUCGCCGCGCAGCACAGAGCGCACGAGAAUCGACUCGAGGACAAGGACCUCGACGAGCUUGCCGCACUGGAAGAUGAUGAGGAUGAAGAGUUCCUUGAAAGCUAUCGGCAAAAACGCUUCGCCGAGCUCUCCACUCUCCAACAAACCAGCAUCUUCAACCAGGUCUACCCUCUCCAGAAGGUUGACUAUGCCCGUGAAGUGACAGAGGCAUCGAACAAUGCUUUCGUUCUCGUCAAUCUUACAUCCAUGGGCGGAAAUGUCGAAUCGCGCCUGUUGACAGAGCUCUGGCGACAGCUUGCUGCCAAGUUCGGUGACAUUAAGUUCUGUGAGAUCCGUGCCGAUAUGUGCAUCGAAGGAUACCCGGAGAAGAAUACGCCCACGAUUUUGGUAUAUAAGGAUACCGAGAUCAAGAGACAGCUUAUCACGCUGCAGCAGUUGAAGGGCCCGCGCACCAAGAUUGAAGAUAUUGAGCGUCUGCUCGUCGACCUUGGCGCUUUGAAGGAAAGUGAUGUUCGUCUGAAGAAGCGUGACGACGAGGACAAGAAAGACGAUGACCUGAACAUCGAAGAUUAUGAUGACGACUGGGAUUGA